AUGUAUUCAUAUUCCCACAGAGACUACAGGCCGCGCACUCCACGCACUCCGCGUGUGCGCAAGACUACCACAAGGAUGGAUCCGGACUGUGCUAUAUGCCACGCCCCUGCCUCCGCAGCUUGCGACUGCGAGGCCAAGGGACUUGAUGUUGCCAUAAAACAGGCUGAGCAGCGCAUGAUGCAGUCUAUAUACACCGACAUUCGGAGCUGGGUUCGGGCUCACGCGCAAGACUACAUCCUGGAAUAUUUUCGUCUACUCACCGAGCGCCGAAAGACAGCUCACGCCGCUAACCUUGAACGCAUCAACGCCACCGCAUACCAUUACUACCACGCCCCUCCUCAUCCUAGCGAGCUUGCCCAGGCGCAGGCUGCAUUGAAGCACGGCAUUGAUGAGGAUUGGCAAUCUAGUGUGCAACGAUAUCCUGAAGUCCUCGAGUAUUUCUUCAGUCUGGUCGAGCUGAACGUCCCUCCCGAUGAUGACCCUUUUGUCAAGGAUCCCCCAUUGAGCGCCCUCAGUGGCGGGUCCAAGAAUAGAUCUGGAAGAAGAAUUGGAGGAGGCGGGCCUCCUCCAGGAGGACCUCCCGCCAUUGCUGCGCCUAGCAGUCAUGACAGAGGUCCAUUUGGGAGAGCAACACCACCACCGCCCAGCAUGGACAUGCCCCCGAUGCCUAGCAGGAUGGGCGGGAGAACACCGGCCUUGAGGGAAAGAGAAAGAAGGUCAAUGCCACCCAUGCCGCAUAUGGGACCGCCCAUGGGACACCCUGGACAUCCUGGAGGACCACCGCCUGGAUAUGGACGAACCGCACCUCCAGGUGCCGGCGCAUACUAUGGAUGGGGUGGGCCCCCAUGA